AGAAUCCCGUCAAGGGAGAGCGAAGCUGAUGCCUCUUCCCAAUCCCUUCUGGGUUCAAAGGUACUUGAAAGAACAUUCGAUCGACUCUCUGCUUGCCACUGCAGUGAACCAGGCAGUGGCUGCGAGGUCGAAGGAUCCUGCUGCGUCACUUGCUUGCUUCUUCUCCAGAUUGUCCAAGAGAAAUGGAGAAAUUCUGUCGCUGAGAGCGUCGAGGGUGAUGGACCAGCAGCUUCAGCAGGCGAUUAAGCUGACCAUUGAGAUUUUUUACAACAAUGAAACAAGAAAGAUCGCGACUGUUGUAGGAGAGAUGACAUUUGUGAAGAGCAAGGAAGGCGAGGAAAAUCAAAAUGAGGACGAGGCGACAUCACCUGAAGAACAAUGUAGCAAGAUCGUGGAUCGCAUCAACCAGGAGAUCUCUCAAGGGCUAUCAGGGUGCAAUAUCUGCAACACGAGAGAGUGCGACAAUCAGAUCUCACAUAUCGGUCAAGCGCCGAAGUCUUUCCUAUCCUUCUCCAUUGCCAAAUCAUCGUCUUAUCUCUUGGACAAACAGUUGUUUGAGAUCAUAGCAAACUCCGUGAAGAAACUGGAACAAGAAGGAGCCAAGGCCCUGGGAGGAGGGUUUCUUCUUGAGGAAAAGAACCAGGAUGAAAAGGAGGGCAAGGGAGAGGAGGGGGAAGAGGGGAGAGAAGGAGAGCAGAGCAAUGAGGAUGCAGAGGAUGGGAAGAAGCCAGAGAUCACGAUCAAGCUGCCUGUCCCGUUCUUCCCAGCGAUCGCUGGACGGUCAAGUUUCAAGGAAAGCAAGGUGAUGACCGUUGGCUCGUGGCCUCUUCCUAAGGGACUCUGGCAGUUGCCGUUCAACUCGUUCUGGCUCAUCGGGAAACAUGAUAGACCGAUGAGAGAAAACAUUACCAAGAUGAUUGCAGUGUAUAAGGCUCUUGGGAGUGUCAUACUGUCCAAGUCAGUGCAGGUGAGGCCUGAGAAGCGAAAGUAUCAUGAGAGGGCAAUUUUGAAGCAGAAGGGGCUGAGGAUUCUGGGGCAGAGCAGAGCAGAGCAGAGCAGAGCAGAGCAGAGCAGAUCUGAACCUGUGUACGACCUGCAGGAGGGAGAGGCUGCUGCGUUCAAGCCGGACGACGCAGGAUUCUACCGCACUUCUGCUGCUUCUUUGGAAGAGGUAAUGCAGCUGCUGCAAGAGUGCUCCUCUCAAGCUGGUGUCGAGCUGGGAGGGGACGUGGGUGUGGCGGUGAACCUCGGAGCAAACAACUACUUCGUGGCGAACACUGGAGAGAACGGGACGUACACGUACAAGCCGGAAGAGGAGGCGGUGGAGGCAGACAAUUGGGCCCCGUGGAUAGAGCAGCUGCUCAGCAAGUAUCCGUUUGUAGACUGCAUCGAAGACGCCUGCGCGUCAUCAGACUACGAGACCUGGAGGAAAGUUAGAGAGGUGGUGGAAAACCUGUCCUCAAGACAGGUCAUGUUGCUGGGGGAGGAGCUCUUUCAAGAUGAUCCGGAUCUCUUCCGGUCGGGCGUGGCGGAGGGCUGGGCGAUGGGAGCCGUGAUGUCUCCGGAGAAGCUCGGAACUUUGACAGACCUCUUGGAUUAUGGAACAAUCUUCACGCUGCUGAAACCUCGAGCCCAGCGAGUUGUUCUCACGAGUAGAAAGGGAGCUCACGCGGGCGAGAUCGACGCUGACGUUGCGGUCGGGAUGGGCUGCUGGGGUCUGAGGUGUUGCGAGCCAUCACACCGAUCGGUGGAGCAGCUGAACCGUCUCAUCGAGAUCGAUGAAUACCUCAGGGACGAGCUGCGAGCCAACAGCAAGGAGGUCGCCCUAGUCACUUGGGAGCAGGUUCGGGAGGAGGAGGAGCGACUUGUGGUGGAGUUUGCAGAGCGAGCAGAAGCCUCGGCAAGAGGCCCAUGAAGGUGCACCAGACGGAAAGGAGGGCAGAAAGCGACAAGUCUGCGGAUGCGAGGGAUCGCCAGCGUGUGGUGGGAGUUCAGUUGUAACGAGCAUUUCAAUCGAGCAAGACAGGAUCAUCGCGAGUCCCUAAGGCACUUGAGAUCACAAGAUAGCAAAGUCACUCAUUGGUGUUACCUCUCCCUUUCUUCCACGCCUUGUUUUCGAUGUCUUUGAAAGAGUAGAACCCUUUCUUGAAUCUG